CCCGUAUUGCUGUCAGAUUCGAUCAGAUAACUUUUUAAUAUACAAAUAUAGGCCCUACAUAUGCUUCCACAGUCAAAUAGUUUUUUUUUGUUGCCAUACAAAGACUUGUGAUUUUAACAACUGAUCACCCCACAGCCGGCUUUGUUUUGGAGGGUCAAUCGCCAGUGAGGCGGAAUGCAGAUCAUGAGCUUGCGGUGAGCCCAGGGGACGGAUCAUUCAGUCAGACCACGUUUAUCAUCACAUCGAAGCUCUGCCCCGUUUGACCAAACAGACAACGUUAUCUCCCACUAUCUCUAGCCGGCAGGAGAACUUCGCAGCCAGCACAAACGACACAGACGGUUGUUUGUGUUGUUAAUAUUAACCGUCUUCCACAUUUGUAAUAAAAGGUUGUUAGUUUUUCUCCACGUGAAGAACGGGACUAAACGGGCACGGUGUAGUGGUAGCUACCUACCAUUAGCUUACACACGCUAGCUAGCUUGCCGACCCGGCCUCACCUCAGCAAUCUGGAAACCCUGGCGGAGCCUGCGAUAGAACUAGCCGGCUAGCAGUUCCCAAAAUGUCGCUCAACUAAAGAUGUGGAUCAUCCUGACCGAUUCCCCCGGGACUUCAUUCACGGCUUUGUCCUGGACACGAGCUUCGACACGUUGACUGGACUCUGUGGAACAUCAAUCAGAGUGACUGAGGAGCAGAUCUCCAGGAGCAGAUAGCCAGCUGACCCGCGCCUCCCACCAGCCCAGAGGAGCCAUGCUGAGCGUGCUAGCGGCCGGCACCGUGUUCUUCCCAGGUCUCUUCCUGCUGUCCAAGCAGUGCCUGAAACACCUGCCCUGGCUGGGCUGGAGCGAGGGGGAUGCCGUCAUCGUCUCUGCCAGGCUGGUGUCGUCCAUACAGGCCAUCAUGGCCUCCUCCGCAGGCCUCAUCAUCGCCUCGUCCUGUGAGGACAUCAUCGAGGACCAGCAUUGGCUGACCAGCGCCUACAUCUUGUUUGCUGUGCCCUACUUCGUCUACGACAUCUACGCUAUGUACAUGUGUUACUGGUACAAGCUCCAGGUCAAAGGUCACGAGCAGGAGGUCGGGCCCUUGCGCCUGGGAAAGGUCCUGGCCAGCUACCUCCGCCGGGAGUUCCUCAUGGUGCUACACCACGUCGUCAUGGUCACCGUCUGCUUCCCCGUCUCCGUGUUCUGGCGCCAGGGGAAAGGGGACUACUUCCAGGGCCUGAUGUUCAUGGCUGAGAUCAGCACCCCGUCUGUCUGCCUGGGCAAGAUCCUGAUCCAGUACAAACAGCAGCACACUCUCCUGCACAAAGUGAAUGGGGCUACUAUGCUGAUCACUUUUUUCAUCUGUCGAGUCCUCCUCUUCCCUUACCUCUACUACGCCUACGGCAGGUACGCCUCCAUCCCCUUCCUCCAGGUUCCCUUCUCUGUGUCGUGGCAGUGUAACCUGGGGGCUGGCCUCCUCAUGGCCCCCCAGGUGUACUGGUUCACCCUGAUCUGCAGGGGGGCCCUGCGCCUCUUCACCGGGACGGGGCGCUCUCGGAGGCCCACGCCCAAGAAGGCGGACUCGGACGGACACGCCCUGCCACAGUCAGCCAAUGGCUACAGCAGCUGUCCCUCAGAGCCGGAGUCAACCAAUCACUAGGGGGGAGGGAUGAGGGAGGGAGGAGGGAGAAUGUAACAAGAUGUAAGAGAAGGUGAGUAGGGCGGAGAAGUGGUAGCAGACUGUGAAACAGAACUAGGAAAUGCCUCAAAUAGUGUUGUACUUGUUGCAAACAAAAAAAAGGGUGUGAAGGGUUAUUCAUGGAAAUGAAGGGAUUGUUUGCACUUUGAAUUCACAUUAAACAUUGUCUGGUGCUCUGAUCCAUGCCCUGAGUUUUGAGAGUGGAAGCCUGAAUGCAGCACAGCCAGUUAGAGGGUGACCCUGGGUGUAGCUCCCCCUGUCUGUGUGGAGGGCAGUGGCAGUUAGGAAUGUAUUAUAUUGUAUGUUACUACCAUGCUGUAGAUAGAAGGCCUCAUUCAGAUUAGUAACCAAUUCUGACUAAGCAGUAUUUAGUCUUGCUGGUGUUCCUCUAUGUAUCCCGUGUAGUCUUUCAUUGUCACUAAGCAGCCUGGAGACUGCGUGGUCUGUAGACUGCGUGGUCUGUAGACUGUGGUCUGUAGACUGCGUGGUCUGUAGACUGCGUGGUCUGUAGACUGCGUGGUCUGGAGACGGCGUGGUCUGUAGACUGCGUGGUCUGUAGACUGCGUGGUCUGGAGACUGCGUGGUCUGUAGACGGCGUGUUCUGGAGACUGCGUGGUCUGGAGACUGCGUGGUGUGGAAGGGAGAGCUCAUGAGACUGUAUUCUGUUGCCUUAUUCUCAGUCGUAGCUGUUCCUGCUCGCUUCUGCUCUCAUCUGAGAGGUGGAAGGGGGGCUGUUCUCCUUGGACUGAAAAGUGACGGAAGCUGUGUACAUAGCAGAUGUUAAAAAUUGUACCUGUCAUUUACACAUCAGUGUUAGUUCCAUGGUUUAGGUUGUGAUUUUUGGUUUCCCCUAAAAACUUUUUGUGAUAGUUUAUUUUAUUUUCUUUGAUAACAUCUUUGAUCUCUUAGAACAGUAGAGUUGGGCCUGGUUGACCUGCCUGGCACCUGUGUUGGGGUCGAGUGAAACAGGAAGUGAAGUUAGGUGGAAAAGGAAGUGAGGUCAGGCUGGUCCGCUAGGCUACACUAGCCGUAGCAUUCUGAGGAAUCCUUUCACAUUAUGACAGUUAUGACUGAAUUCAGUGGA